AUGGAACAGUCAAGAGCUCAGUACGGGAGGAAGGGUAUCAAUAUGGGGAAUAUCAUCGGUGACCCCUUUGCCCUGGCUACGGUCUCCAUCUCCAUGCUUGCGUGGAUAAUCGCAUUCAUCAGCUCCAUCAUCGCGACGACACAGGUUACAAAUGACUCCGGUUCGUUUCCGCCUUUUGCAUGGUGGACAGUCGUCUACAUGUCCUUCGUCAUCGCUGGCGUCUUCGUCGUCGUUGCCUCUGACACAGCGCAAACCUAUCACGUCGCUCUCACGGGAUACCUAGGGGCCGCAUUAGCCCUGAACUCGCUGACCAUUCACUCCCUCAUCUACUCCGCCAACGGAGCCCGCCAGGCUGCCGGUGCUGGCUUCAUUCUAAUGGCUAUGGUUACCAUUGUCUGGAUCUUCUACUUCGGCUCCGCCCCUUCAGCAAAGCCGCGCGCCUACCUCGACUCCUUCGCCCUCCAGAAGGAGUCUCAUAGUCGACAGAUGAUGUACGGAGGCGGCCGACCCGAAACCUCGACCUCGGUGCAACCUCCGCAGAUGUACACCUCGGCGCAGCUCAACGGCUUCGAGAACCCGUCUCCUGUUCAGGGCAUAUCCACCACCCAGGCUCGCAACUCAGUCGUGGCGCCAACUUUCAACGCCACCCCACCAGCUACGAAAGGUCCCGGCCAAGACCAGGAGGUAGUGCCGCCCACCGAGUAUCCUUACCGCGCGAAGGCCAUUUACAGCUACGAGGCCAACCCCGACGAUGCGAACGAGAUUUCCUUCUCCAAGCAUGAGAUCUUGGAGGUGAGCGACGUAAGCGGACGGUGGUGGCAGGCGCGCAAGGAGACGGGCGAGACGGGUAUCGCACCAAGCAACUACCUGAUCCUAUUAUAA